UUUCUUUCAAAAGCAUUUCAUGAUUACCUAUGUUAUUUAGAAAUACUUCGAGAUUCAUGAUCACCAAUUUUUUAUAACCACAAUAUUAACCUAGUCAUAAACCAUAACAAAGGAAACAGGAUUCCAUGUGUCCAAACCUAUUCAAUGUGUCCUAAUAAGGGCACACUUCCAAUUAAUUUGGAAACUUCUGAUGAAUUACAUCUGGAUAUGCUUCCUAAACUUCACUUUCAAGUCUCAAACUUGUGAGUACCAAAAAAAUGAUCGAACUCAGUAGUUAAUAUCAAAGCAUCCGCUUUGUCCAGGAAUAUUUCUGGAUUCUUCUUCUCUUUAUCUUCCUUUUCAAUAGCUACAAUACACGGUACUAAAAGAAACCCUCUUUAUUCCUCAAUUCAUAUUCAAGCUUCCUUUCUUUUUCCUCGUCCCAUUAAAUCAAUAUCAUAUUCUUCCCAGCUUUUGAUUAGUUUCUUACAACUCCGUUGAAUUGGCACCAAUCAGGUUUCAGCUUUGUUGUUUGCCAGCUUUUUAGUUGCUUAGUUGAGCAGAAACUAUUAAAUUUGUCAUAGGUUCGUUCAAGCUUCAAGAUUUCUCCUUUAAGUUGCUGCUUAUUAAUUACAAGCAAAUACUUUUUUGAGUGUUUUUCUACGACAAUUUGAGAUUCCAGAAGGAUUAUUGGCAAAAUUGGUGAUAUUGGAUGAUGGGUUCCUCUAACAAGGAAGCAGUUGAUGCAAGCUUGCAAAUACAUAAGCAGAUCAAAGUUGUUUUUGUUAUGGGUGAGGACUUACACUAAGAUUGUUUCUGCCAAUACAGAGUUCAACUAUCUGCUUUCAACGUUUCAGAAUUUGUAGUGAUCUGAUUCUCUUUAAUUUGUUAUCAUGAGUACAUAGUUUUUCAAUCAAUCAAAUUCUCGCAAUCCUACUUGUUUCUUAAGAGUUCUUGAAUUUCGGAAGAUGUAUUCAGGUGGUCCAGGCAGUGGAAAAGGGACGCAGUGUUCUAAAAUAGUUCAAGAAUUUGGGUACACCCACCUAAGUGCUGGUGAUCUUCUCCGAGAUGAAGUCAAAUCUGGUUCCGAGAAUGGGUAAACCAUUUAGUUCUGCUUCAUGAAUUUCUUGAGAAAAUCGUAUUAUGUCUUUUCCUUUUUGUGGUACGAUUGUUGGGUUAAGUAACUUUUGGAUUGAAAUUCUGAAGUAGAAUUGCAUGACAUUAUUUUACCAUAGAAAUGGAAACUGGUCCCAAGUCAUAUGAUAAGUUUUUUGUUGAUCUUUUCGGGUUGUGAGUUUCGAGUUGAGAGUACAGUAUUAGGCCAACUCUUUGUUUAUUGCUGCAGCGCCAUGAUCCAUGAUCUGAUGAAUGAGGGAAAGCUUGUUGCUUCGGAUGUCAUAGUUAGGCUGAUUGUAAAAGCUAUUCAGGAAACUGACAAUGACAAAUUCCUCCUAGACGGCUUCCCCAGAAAUGAAGAUAACUUGAAAGCAUUUGAAAACCUCACAAAGAUUGAACCAGAUUUUGUACUAUAUCUGGAUUGUCCUGAAGAGGAGAUGAUAAAGCGCGUUUUGUCAAGGAACCAAGGCAGAGAAGAUGACAAUAUUGAGACCAUAAGGAAGAGAUUUCGAGUUUUUGAGGAGUCAACACUUCCUCUGGUGGAUUAUUAUGCUUCAAAGGGGAAGUUAAGAAGGGUUGAUGCUGCAAGGUCUGUUGAAGAGGUUUUUGAAUCGGUUAGGGCUAUUUUCUCUUCAACAGAGGUGCGUCCAAGGCCUGAUCGGCAUUGUAAUUGUUUUUGUAAGUAUAGCAGUUCAUUUGCACACUAUGAGGUGUCCACUUCUAUAGAUUUUUUACCUUUCCAGCUAACAUCCUUCUUAAAAAGGGUUCAUGUUUAAGGUUUAGAUGAUAAUCGUCAGCUGAUCCAUUGGUAUUCUGCACUGCAGCUUUUUUACGGAGCUUUUGCAGAUAGAAGCGAACUAAAAUUUCAUGCUGAAUUCCUCCCCUCCUAAAGAAGCCAGAUUGAGAUCUUUUCAAUCCAUUUAUAUAUGUUGGAAUACCACAAACACAGCAGGUCCUGUUGAUGUUGAUGUAGACUUGUAGUCAAGUUUUUAAGAAGGAAAAAGGAAACUGUCUUUUUAUAUAGUUUGCAUAAAUAAGAAUGAAAAGUUCCUUGUCUAGUUGUCUUUCCAUUGCUUCAAUGGAGUCCUGCAGUCCUCUUUAAUCUUAACUGUGUUUUGGUCCUAGGCUUUUGGUAUCAUUUGUGACAUGAUCAACUUCCCCAAUAUACCAACAUAGCAUCUCCUCUCCAUAUUCUAAAGAACUAUGGUACUUAUUUCUCAUCUGUCUCAAAGUAAC